AUGGAAACUUUGAGAGCAUUUAAUGAAAAUUUGCUUAUAAAGCUUCCUCAAGAUCUUCAAGAAUUCUUCAAAUCAUUACCGCUAAGUGAAUAUAGCGCCUUGGUGACACUAUUCAUCUUUAUAUUUAUUGUGUGCUUGGUUUCAGUCAUUUUAGGCGAUCCGUCAAGAGGCAAAAAGGUUGAUAUAGAAGAUUUGUAUGAAGAAGAGCCCAGGGGUGAAGACCAAGAAGAAGCAAAGAAAAAAGUCCCAGCUAAACCAUCUUCAGUCCAAAAAAAGCCUAAGAAAGAAGCUUUAAAAAAGAAAACUGAGAUAAAGCAAAGUGAGAUUAAAGAAAAAAAGGCAGCUAGCGCUUUACCUGAAGCAGAAAAUGAGGAUUGGGUUGUUGUGGAAAAUAAAAAAGCAAAGAAAAAGACAGAGUAA